AAGAUGCUAAUUAUAAGGAUAAUUUUGGACAAACUAGAAUUAAAUGGAAUAACGAUAAUAAUAAAUUGCAACGACAAAUCUUUUAUGAAAUUGAUGAUAAGUUAAUCAAAUUUUUGCCAAAAAUAAAACCAAUCUAUAUCGUAAAAGGAAUAAAGGGCAAUUUAAAA